AUGUUUUGAAACAUAAUGGACUGUGUAUAUACGCUCAUCAAUUUGGCAUAGCGACAAGAAUAUUUCACCUGAACAGGUAUUAUAUUGCAGAUGGAAUGACGAGGGUAGACUACCACACCUACAAUUAAGACAUGGCAGAGAAGUUUGUGUAUCUUAUAGGAGUUGCUGUAGGUGUAGUUGCCCUACUCAUUCUCAUCCUAGUGCCUUCAAGCUUCUCCUACCUUGAGUACCAUGAGUUUGGCUUUGUAAAGCGUAAAACGACGGGGGAAGUUAGCUUAGAUAAAGUGUAUGGAAGUGGACGUUAUGCGAUUGGUCCAGAUCACAUGUUCAAGACAUUCACUUCUUCUGCACAUGUAGUGUAUAUGGACAAUAUUGAUGUAUUUGCAUCAGAUAAGCUUGAGGUAACAAUGUCAGCGACGUUCCAAUAUUUCUUGAGGGAAGAGGAUUUAGCUGACCUCCAUAAGGCUUAUGAUAUAUACUAUGCACCCAUUAUGAAAACCAGUGCAGUGGAUGCCUUAAAGGGAGCUUCAACGAUUCAUUCGACAAGAGACUUCAUCCGUAAUCGUAAAGAGAUCGAGGCAGACUUGUUUAAGGCUGUUAGAGAACGACUUGGGGGAAAAUGUUGCGAGAAGGACUGUGGCACCCCUGGAAAUCCAUCCUGUUAUAGUGGAUGUAAAGCAUAUAGCACAUGUACAAAAAGUGAUAAAGGACUGUUUGCAAGUGUACGGUAUUUCCAACUUGGCCAGGUGAAAAUCCCAAUGGAUGUGGAGGGCAGGUUUCUUCAGGCUCUCAUCCUGAAUGAACAGACAGAGAGAGAACAUUUCCUGCAAGAAGCAACAGUUGUCAGGAAAGAAACAGAAGGUUUGGUUAAGGAUAUCAUCAACGAAGCUCACGAGAUUUCCCAAAAUGCAACAGCUCAAGCAAAUCUGAUUCUCUCGCAAGCUAACGCCACAGCAACACAAACAUUAGAAAAUGCCCAAAUGACUGGACUUCGAACACUUUUUAAUGGCCUGGGUAUAUCAAUGACUGAUAACCAUAAAAUGUCUUUUAACUAUCUAAGGAAUUUGAAAGAUCUGUCCAACCUGCAUAUGGCUGUUGAUUUUAAUAGUCUCAUGGUUGGGCCAUUAAAAUCACCUUAAUCUCCUUUGUAUCUAUUUAUAUUUGGGAUGAUGAGUGACAGGACUGAAAGAUACAAACAACUUAUAAGCAAUAUAACACUUAUUCUAUGAAUUUAAUCAGAUGGAAAACUGUUUAGCCCAAUUCCACUGAGAGAGUAUUUUUAUAGGAAUUUUAUAUCGAAUGUUGAUAUUUUGUCACAAUAUCCUAGAAAUUGUUACAUAUAUAGAUUGUACUAAUUUUCUAUAUUAAAUUGUGAUAAACUCUCAGGUAAAAUGUUCUACUUCUAGUUUACAUAACAUACAAGAUGGGCCAAAAUCAUUAAAGCUAUUAAUAAUACUUCUAAGAUUAAUGCUCUACUGUACAUGUACAUACAUUAUAAUUAGUGGAGAUACAGAGAAGUAUCCAUCCAUGUUUCCAGUGUAUUACUAGAAUAAUAGUAAUCAGAUUUGGCUCAUAAUUUUAUAGUCUGGUGUAUUAAAGGCAUAGAAUCCCUUCACAAAAAACAACAAAAUCCAAAGAAUAUUUUCGAAACAUCCUCUAUUUUUUAAAAACCAAAAUCUUGGAAAAAUAAUCAAAAGCCUUUAAAACAGAUUGAAGUAUGAAUUAUUGUGAAUUAUGAAUGUGAUUGUCUGAGUACUGU